AUGCGCGCGGCGCACGUGACGGCAUUCGCGCAGCUGCUGCAGCGGCAGCAGGCGCAAGUCGCGGCGGACGCGGAGAUCGCGGCGGGGCAAGUCCUCUACAACUUCCGCCAGACCACUAACGGGUUCGCGGCGCCGCUCACGCCCGCGCAGCUGCGGAGAUUAAAGCGCCAUCCGUCCGUCGCGUCAGUUCGCCGCAGCCGCGUGUUCCGCAAGCUGACGACAGCGUCCGCGACGUUCUUGGGAUUGCCGAGCAGCGUGUGGCCCGCCGUGGGCGGGCGGAGCAACGCGGGCGCGGGGAUGGUGAUUGGGAUCGUGGACACGGGCGUGUGGCCGGAGCACGCGUCGUUCAGCGGAGCGGGCUUCAAAGCAGCACGGCCAGCGGGAUGGGCGGGCAAGUGCCAAAAGACGGCCGACUUCCCCGCGUGCGGCAACAAGCUCAUCGGCGCGCGCUACUUUGUGGCCGGCUUUCAGAGCGAGAAUGGCAGCCCCGACCUGACGUACGACUGGCUCUCCCCUCGCGAUGCUGCUGGCCACGGCACCUGGUGUGCGGGAGCCGCAGCAGGCAACAGCGGCGUGUCAUUCGGCCAAGCAGGAACAGCCUCAGGCAUGGCGCCAGCAGCGCGCCUGGCGGUCUACAAAGUCUUCUGGACCAGCUAUGGCGACCAGUUUGCUACAGAGGCUGACAUUAUCGCCGCCACCAACCAGGCUGUAGCGGACGGCGUGGACGUGCUCUCCCUCUCCCUGGGCGGGGGCAGCGCUGACGCGACUUACUUUGACGAUAUUCCAUUUCUGAAUGCCAACACGGCGGGAGUUUUUGUGGCGUUUGCGGCGGGGAAUUCGGGGAAGCCGAGUGGGAGUAGCAGCUUCAGCAAGUAUCGCACUAUCAGCAACUUCUCUCCUUUCUACCUCACCGUGGGGGCUAGCACCAUUCAACGAGGAGGUGUGUCACUCGCCAGACGGGCACCAACCAAGAAGGCUGCUUCUGCGGGCAAAGCUGCUGUGGGCGCUUCAAAUCACUCUAGCACAACGCAAUCCACCCCAUCAACAACACCCUCCCCCACCGCCAAAUCCACCGCCACCCAAAGCAAGCCCACCGCAGCUGCCACAUCUCCCCGCCGCACCGCCGCCGCCACCGCCCCUGUCGUCGCCUCAUUCUCCUCCUCCGGCCCUCUCGUCCGCCCGUGGACCGUCUCCCAAGGCGCACAGGCCACCAACGCCAUCUUAAAGCCCGACAUCAUCGGCCCGGGGGUCUCCCUCUUCUCUGCGUGGGUCGGCUCUGACGUUGGUGAUAAGGGGAGCUACGCGCAGCUGUCGGGGACGUCGAUGGCGACGCCUCACUUGGCGGGCAUUGCUGCUCUCAUGAUGCAGAAAUAUCCCAAGUGGAGCCCCGCGCAGGUCAUGUCGGCCAUUAUGACCACCGCCAUAACCACCAAUAUGGCAGGGACCGCUAUCAAGAACGCAUACGGGUCGGUGGCAACGCCGUGGGAGAUCGGUGCAGGGCAUGUGUUCCCGCCUAAGGUUCUCGACCCGGGGCUCACAUAUGAUGCCAGGCAGGCCCACUACCGGAAUUUUCUCGCCGGGAUGAGCCUUUCCACGGCUCAGAUGGAGUUUCCCGGGGCUAAUUUAUCGCCCAUUGCUCCUCGAAAUCUUAACCGGGCGAGCAUCGCAGUUGCACGGUUGCGAGGGUCUGUGGUGGUCAAACGGACCGUUACAAAUGUGGCAGCGUCUGCAUCGACUUAUACGGCUUCUGUUGUGGCUCCUGCUGGGGUCUCCGUGACCGUGACUCCCAAGAGCUUCUCUAUACAACCAGGAGCAAGGGUGGCGUAUAGAAUAAACCUGAAGGUUAUUAGAGUGUACGAGAACUUCCAAUUUGGGAGCAUUACAUGGACAGACGGCAAGGGGCACUCGGUAAGCUGGUCGCAUUCAUCAAUGGAGCUAGUCUCCUCCGUCCCACAACCCUCGUUCCGUUCUCGCCUGCGUCUCAUUAUCGCGUCCUUCGUUCCCUUCCGCGUUCCCCCUCUCCCCUCCUCCGCUCCCCCACACCUCCUUGCUCCGCCGAUCGCAGCGUCCACCCCCAAGUCCUCGUCGCUCUAUAUCGUCCGCCUGCGCUCCGCCCUCCCCCUCGCCGCGUAUCGCGGCGGAAUCGCGAGCUUUUCGGGAUGGACGGACGACGACGACAAUGCUGCCGGUCCGUCAGGUCUGCGCGCGACGGCCGCGACGGUGGCGCAGGAGGAGGCGACGCUUGCCGGCAGCAUUCCGCGGCGCGCGCGGCUGAGCAUGGAGAACCCGCAGCUCAAGGCGUACGCGCAGACGCUCGAGACGCAGCAAAUCCGAAUCGCGGCUGACGUGGGCGUGACGUCAGACCGCAUAGUGUACAACCUCCCUCCCCUCCACUUUCCCCAUCCCUUCCCCCAACCUCCUCUGCUCACCCGCUCCCUCAACCCGAGCGCGAGAACGGGUUGCUGGGGAGCAGUGGAUUCUCAGCCCCAUUCCAUGGCUCCCCACAUCACCCACCGCACCCAACCCGACCCCGCCCAUACCGUACCCCAGACCCUCCUUCCCCUCCCCAUCCCCCGUGUUCUCACCCCUCCUGCACCCCACUCGCCGCCACUCCUCCCUUCCCCCCCUCUCUCUCCCCCAGCAACAGUGCUCACCCACAUAACCCCCACCUGCCGCGAAGCCUCCUCGGCCUCUUCAUUCCACAUCCCUUCCCUCAUCUCCCGCUUAACUGUCUCGUCUUCCCCCCCACUUUCCUCUGCUCGCCUCCGCCGCUCCCCCUCUCCCAAUUACCCCAGAUACAUGCACGCGAGCAACGGGUUUGCAGCGUCCCUCUCCCCGCAACAAGUGCAGCAGCUGCAGCGGCACCCGGCAGUGGCAGCAGUGACGCGCAGCCGCAGAGUGACCCCUCUCACCACCGACUCGCCCACCUUCCUGGGCAUGCGCGCCCCCGGGUCUCUGUGGCCCGCCAAUGGCGGGCAGGCGAGCGCGGGCAAGGGCAUGGUGAUCGGCGUGGUGGACACGGGCAUCUGGCCGGAACACCCCUCCUUCAGCGAUGCCGGGUUCUCCUCCUCAAAACCCGCCGGGUGGUCGGGGAAAUGCGACACGACGAGCGAGUUCAAAUGCAAUAAUAAGCUCGUUGGCGCACGGGCGUUUUACAAGGGCUUUAAGGCGGACAAUGGCGGGCCAGACCUGUCCAAUGAUUGGCUGUCGCCCCGCGAUUCAUAUGGCCACGGCACGUGGUGUGCAGGGUACGUGGCUUUUGCCGCGGCAGCGGGCAACAAGGAUGUGCCCAUGGCGGGGGGCAAGGCGAGCGGCAUGGCGCCAGCAGCGCGCGUGGCAAUGUACAAGGUCUUCUGGUUCUCCGCGGGCUCCCUCUUUGCCGUAUCCGCCGACAUCGAAGCCGCCGUCAACCAGGCGGUAGCGGACGGUGUGGAUGUGCUCUCGCUCUCGCUGGGCGGCAACGAUCCAACGGACACCUACUUCUCGCAUAUGCCGUAUCUCGCGGCGAAUCUCGCGGGGGUGUUUGUGUCGUAUGCGGCGGGCAAUGCUGGCCCGUAUAGCUCCUUCUCGGGCCGCACACUCGACAACUUCUCGCCGUUCUACCUCACCGUCGGGGCCAGCACCAUAGGCCGAGGCGGUCUAACCCUCAAGGCCGCCACAGUAGCAACAGCAGCUCUCAGCAACUCAUCCUCAUCCUCAGUCACCCCAGCAGCCACAGCCUACCCAUCCAUCGCCGAAUUCUCCUCCACAGGACCCCUCACAGACCCUACCUUCGAUGUCACCGGCGCUCUCCCCACCAACAGCAUCUUAAAGCCCGACAUUGUCGGCCCAGGCGUGGAUCUCUAUGCCGCUUGGCCCGCCGAGAAGGUCGGGAAGCCGGGGACUUAUUCCCAGCUGUCGGGGACGUCGAUGGCGACGCCUCACUUGGCGGGCAUUGCUGCUCUCAUCAUGCAAAAGCGCCCCAAGUGGAGCCCCGCGCAGGUCAUGUCCGCCAUUAUGACCACCGCCAAGACCACUGACACCAGCAGCGCUGCCAUCAAGACUGCUUACGGCGAGGUUGCUACUCCGUGGGACAUGGGCGCUGGUCAAGUGCUCCCAGCCAAGGUUCUGGAUCCUGGGCUCACGUUUGACGCUCGGGCAGCUACGAGAACCGUGACAAGUGUUCUUGAUGCGUCUGCCACAUUCACAGCCACCAUCAAGCCUCCCAAGGGCGUGGAUGUUACAGUUUCACCCAACAAAUUCACCAUUGCUAAGGAUGGAAAGGUUAACUUCACGGUGACCUUCAAGGUGACUAAGACUGCUGAGGACUUCCAGUUUGGAAGCCUAACGUGGGCCGAUGGUAAAGGGCACUCGGUGAGAAUGGUGCUUGCAGUUCAACCCACUAAGCUGUGA